AUGGCCAAGCAUUCAAGAAAUCAAAGACAAACUGCUAGCAAGCCGAAGCAGAGGACAAAAGAGUCUGGUACUGAGAGAACCUCUCAUGAACCCACCGCGCAUCUGGGCAGCAACGAUGACCAGGGUCAAGAUGUUAAUACUAUCACGCAUUCUGAAGCAAGACUCAUAUCUCACGAGCAGAUCGAUGAAGGGGUUCAAGAAUUCGGCGCUGAUUCCAUGAUGGUUGUCGACAGAAGCAUCGAGGUUGAAGUCGCCUCCAGUCCUCAUGAAUGGGGUUCUAAUGAGGCCAAUCUUCAUCUCGAAGCACCAGCGCAAGUGCUUCAGGGACCAGUCGACGGUCCGUUAUCUGCGAGUGAUUUUGAUAACGAUCUUAUCGGAUUCCGUCAUCUAGGUGCUCAUGUCCCUAUUCCCACUCACUUCGAUACCCGAUUCACCAGGCACACUUUACCACAAUGGACAUGGGAAGCUCCUGUCACUACCCCUCAGGCCAUUGCACUCUCUACACCAUCAUCAUAUAAUGCUUCGACUGCGGCGAUUGCUUACCAGAGUGUCUAUGAUUCCCCAGUCACGGAAGUUUAUAGCCGCCCUACUGCUACCACUCUCGAUACCCUUCCGGCGACAACUCAAUACCAGCUGGAAAGAUGGGUGUAUGAGAAUGAUCAUGAUGAGGUGACGCCUACCGAUCGAAUGGAAGGAUAUAACUAUAAUUUCUAG